GUGCACAUGCGUCCUGAAUCACUUCCGCUUUGACCGGAUGUCGGCAUUCCAGUUUCCGGUUUAAUUCCUGUAUCCUGUCAUCCCAGAGAUAAACAACUAAAAUGAGUGUUGCUGCGUCAAAUAAACAAAAAUAUAACGUGCGUGGCAGCUUUAGAUUUCAGCCGACGGUGUUUGGGUCUAAGGAGCACUGUUGUGUGCCGCUUUGCUCGUCUUCAGGUCGCUAUAAUAGCCGUUUGAGCUUUCACCGUUUCCCUAAGGAGACAAGCCUUCGUUUGUGCUGGCUGCAAAAAAUCAGAAGAGAGGGAUUUACGGUAACUCCUCACACCAAGGUAUGUAGCCGACAUUUCCUGGAGAAUGAAGUAAUUACUACAGAAAAGGGAAGACGAAUUUUAGCAGCUGGGUCCGUUCCAUCAUUAUUUGAGUGGAACAAAUACAGCAGGAAGACACGAGCAGGUGUUUGGGAGCGCCGUUGUCGACCAUCUAAUCCAGAACCUGAUUCGGCGGAUCCAAUUGAGGACAAUGAACCACCCGUCAUGGUACCUAUGGUCGUGGACCAUGACUACGGCGCCAGCAGAACCGUGUGUGUUGACCGGGAGCAAUAUCACAGCAUGCUGAGAGAAAUUGAGCAACUGAAAGAGCAGCUCCGAUCCUGUAGUCUUCAAAAGCCGUUUGGACUGGAACGUUUUUCUACGUCACCAGAAGACAUCAGAUUUUACACCAGGUUCCCCUCAUAUGAGCAUCUGAAGGCGUUUUGGAACUUGAUCGAGGCAGCAACAGCCAAAAUGGUCAGGGUCACCAGAGCAAAGAAAACCGACGUCAUGAGUACAACAACUGAAACCCCUUUUACCAGACCAACUAAACUGCUGCCAAUAGAUGAGCUUUUUCUUUUCCUCUCCUACCUGUCUACUGGAUGUACCCAGAGGGAACUGGGCCAUCGAUUUAACAUCCACAGAGCAACAGUCAGCCGCAUUAUUGUGACAUGGGCCAACUUCCUGUACUGCUUAUUGGGCUCAAUUUGUGUGUGGAUGUCUCCUGCAGCUGUGAGUUCCAGUCUUCCACAGGAUUUUGAUGGCCGCUACAGUGACACACAAGUUAUCCUGGACUGUACAGAACUACGGUGUCAAACACCUUCAUCCCUGCUCCUCCAGAGUGAAGUCUUCUCCACCUACAAAUCCCACUGUACCUUUAAGGCCAUGGUGGGCAUGUCUCCUCACGGAGCCCUGACAUUUGUGUCAGCACUGUUUGAGGGUUCCAUGAGUGACAAGGAAGUGUUCCGUCAAUCAGGGAUUACAUCACUCUUGACACUGGACAUGGCCAUCAUGGUGGACAAGGGAUUCUUGGUGGAUGAUCUCGUACCUGGGACUGUUCAUCGUCCUGCCUUCCUCUCCAAGAGGGCCCAAAUGUCAGAGGUCGACGUUUUGAAGACCCAGUCCAUUGCCCGUUUGAGGGUGCAUGUUGAGAGGUUAAUAAGAAGAGUUAAAGAAAAUAAACUCUUUGAUUCCACUAUCCCUCUCUCCAUUGCAGGAAGCAUAAACCAAAUUUUUACAGUUGCCUGUCUCCUGUCAAAUUACCAAAAUGGACCUUUGGUCAGGAAAUGGAGAUAUGAAGUUUGACAGAAAAGCUGAUGGCACAGUCUUGAAGAAACAGAAAAUGCUGUCAUUUACUUACAUUGACAUUGUCUUACAUUUGUAAAUAGAUAUUCAUGAUGGAAAUAUUUUGAAAC